CAAAUUUUAUUUGGAUAGAUUUAUAUAUAUUAAAGCAACCAGUGGAAAAACUUUGACAAUUUUUUUGCUUGUGGUCAAAUGGAAACGCCAGAAGAGACACCAGUUACCCCUGAAAUACCAAACUCUCCGGAAAAACCAAAAAUUAAUUCGCAAGACUACCGUUUAAUAUCGAAAGCUAAUGACGAUUUUGAGAGUGGCAAUUAUGAUGCCUGUUUGGAAAUUCUCGAGCAACUAGAAUUGCUCAGGGGCAGUGAUAGCAAGUUGUUGCACAAUCGUGCUGUUGCAAAAUUUUAUAAAACACAAUGCAGAAAUCAUGAUGAGCUACUUAAAUCUUUGGAAGAGUUAGAUGAUGAUAAAACGCUCAAUCGUUGUGAUUUAGCCGUGCUACCACAAAUGACAUCUUCUCCGCCACCAGACCCAGGGCCUUCAGCAAUGAUUCCAAUCUAUAAUAAAGCAGUCAUUUUUUAUCAUCGUCACAUGUUCGAAACUGCUUUGUUAACACUUAAACCGCUCGUACAGAAACUGGAUAAUUGCGAUGAAUGUUCAAUUGCCUUAAUAGGUGUUCUAAUGCUGAGGCUCUUAUUAGCCACAAAUCGUUUAAGAAAAGCUUACGAUUUUCUUGAAAUUUUGCUGCAAAAAUUGGGCACGAGUACAUUAACAUUAACAGCCGAAGAUAGUAAUCCCCAAGAGGUUUUACCUGGUAUAGAUGAGAAUCUUGCACGUUGCUUAAAACUAUUGUGCAUGCUAUCGAUGGUGGUUAAUAGAAAAGUUGUUUUGGUACCGGAAGACGGUACAACGGAAUUUUCCGCUUUAAAGGCUCAUCAGUAUUAUAUAAUGAAAGAUUUUCAAAUGGCUGCAAAACAACUAAAAAAAAUCAAUGUUGACAGUUAUAGAGGAGGUUUAUACAAUCACGAACUAAAUACUUUGAUUGCCAAUAAUAUGGGAAUUAUUCAUUUGCGGGUGCGUCACUAUGCUAUAGCUGCUAAAUUUUUUCAGAAUGCUAUAAUCUUCGAUAAGCAUAUAGCUGCUAAUUUGCGCCAGGCGGAACUGCACCAAAUGAGUUCUGUGCGCUCUUGUGAAAUUCUGUACAAUUUAGGUAUAGCUAUGUUGCAUUUGCGCAGGCCCAAAGAAGCUUUUCAAUCUUUUCUUGUACCAUUGAAAACUUAUCAUAACAAUCCAAGGCUUUGGUUGCGUAUAGCCGAGGCUUGUAUUAUGGAGCACGAAUUGAGAAGAGUAGCAGAGGAAAAAUAUGGUCCCUCCUCCAGUCAAAAAAGGGUAUUGUUCUCCAAUCGGAUUCCAUACACAGAAAGCAGUCAAUCAGCGGCAGUGCCGGAGCCAACAAUGCCAUUCGCUGCGCUAAGUUUACGCAAUGCCUUAUUUCUCACGCGUGCCUAUAGCCAUCAAGUUAAUGUUACGACAAGUUCGGAGGAGGGAAACGAAGAAGAGACUUGUAAAUCAAUACCGACUGAUAAUAAUUUUUGUAAUCCUUCUGGUCCUGUAACUAAAGAAUCCCUUGAUAUUAUGCUAUCCGCUAUAUAUGCCGCCUAUAGUUAUGUGUCUCUGCGUUUAGGUGAUUACGUUACUGCUUUAGAAAUGGCUCAAGAAUUAUUGAAAACCGAUAAAAUCUCAGAUGCUCACAAGCAAGUUAUUCGAUUAUUGGCUCAUAUGUAUGCUGGUGAAGCAUUAACAAUGAUGGAUAAAUUAGCUGAGGCGCGGCCUCACUUCGAACCUACUUUUGUCUCUACCUUGAAUACUUUUGAUUUUGAAACUAAAGAUUGGCAUUUAAAGUCUUUGGAUGCGGCUCAAAAUGUGGUGCGCUACAAUUUAGCGGUUGCUUUAAAUUUAAAAGGUGACUUUGAGGUGGCUAAAAGUCUCCUAAACACAUGUACUCAUCCUAUAGUGGCAUCAAAGGUUUUCGCUUUAAAAGUGCAUAUCGAAAAAACUCAAGCUGCGGCAGCUAGUUUGAUAGCGCCGCGUAUUUAGGCAAAAUAAAAAAAAGAAUAAUUAACAUUAAUUAGUUAUGAGAAAUUGCAUUUUAUCCUUUGAGAUGGAAUUACAAGAACGGAUUAAGUGAUAGGUAAAUAACAGUUAAUCGACUGAUAAUGCGACUGUUGUCAAUUCGCUAAAGCACUGCAACUUUUACUAAAGCGUCACUUUGACAGCUUGAUUAAACAAUGGUUUUGUAAGUAAAGUAUUAUUAUUAUUAUUAUUAUUAAUUUCGCCAGAGAAAUAAAUUCUAAGACUAAACUCUUA